AUUUUUUUUUUUAAUUUAUUUUUCUUUUAAAAAAUGAACAUGUAAUUAAUUAGUCUACGUGGCUUUGAUUAAAUUAAUCCAAAAUGAAAAAAAAACACAUAUAGGCAUGCCAAAUCAUCAAAUAUGUCCGGUCACAAGCCAAGUUGUCUACCGAGGGGAUAAAUAAAAACUCACUCGCAUUGCCAGGGGACUAUGUAGCAUGAGUACUUCUAAAAUGGUGAAGUACCCGUACCGGGUACGUACCAGUACCUGAUACUCCAUGAUACUCGUAUGGUACGCACCGAUUCCGUACCCAUUUUUAUUUGGUUGAUUUAUGAUGAUGAAUAGGGAAAAAACAUAUUGGUUGUUGAAAAAUCUUUUAAAAUAUUAUAAUUUUUUAUUAUAUUUCAAUUAUCUCUCAUUUUUAUGAAAAUAGUUGAGACGGUGGACAAAAAAAAAUUUAAUCUUCAAAGCAUGAACAAGUUGGAACGUGGAAUCAACAACAACGGGUGACCCAAAUAUGAGAGGUCUCCACAACAAACAACAAAUGAAUCUAGGAUAGACUCUGAUACCAUAUUAGAAUUUAAGAGGCCUAUACUCAACCACAAAAGCCAGCUUGAGUGUUGAGGUUUGCACUACACUUAUAAAGGCUAUUUAUGCCACAUCUCUAGCCAAUGUGGGACUUCUAACAAAUUUACUUAAAAAUAAUUUUUCUAAUAUUUUAUAUUAACGUACCAGUAACUUAAAUUUUCUAAAAAUGUCGUACCGCGUACCAAUACCCAUACUAGAUACCUGUACCGUACCCGUACCUAGGCAAUAUAGUGAUAAUCAUUUUUUUUUUUUAUAAGGGAUAAACCAAAACUAAACUAGCUGAUGGAUAAGAGUUAUUAACCCUUUUUUUAGUGAGUAAAGGUGGAAACUAUUUGACAAAAAAAUAAAAUUACUAAUCGACAUUUUAGGGUUGGGAUUCAAAUUCAAACAAAUAAAUAUUGUAGGGGAUAAUGCAAAAAAAAUCGUUCGCUGUGGUAAUUAGCAGCUGAAAGAGAAGACUAGAGAAAAGAAACAAACAAUCGUUAGUUAUCGAUGGAGUUUGGCACUUCUCUAGCAAUGACAACUCAAAACCCGCUAUUCAAUUUCCGUUUCUGAAAACUACAAGCAACUCCUCUUAACCAGUAAGCUACAUUCAUUUCACUCACGAAAUGACAAUACUUGAACCCAACAACAUUUGCAAUACUGAGAACUAUACAUUUCCUAUUUUCUUCAACCCUAGUUUCGAUUUUGGAACUGGAGGAUUAUUUCUAGAACCUUCAAUUCCCGAUUCCUUUAUUCGUUUCAUUUCGUUGAGAAUUUCAGCAACUGCUUCUUCUGAAUCGAAUCUUCACCGCCGGCAACGGCGAAGGCUUCCAUGUUUUUUGUCGGUUAGUUUGCCUAGCAAUACUAACCUUCCUGUAGAUCCCAAACCAUACGUACUGCAAGAUGGUGACCACGUUUCUGAGAAGGAGACGCCACUGGACGGUGUCGUUUUGCAUAAAAAGGUUAGGGCAAGAGAACGCGGUGCUGUCAAUACCACCAAGCAUCUAUGGGCUGGUGCUAUAUCUGCAAUGGUUUCUAGAACUUGUGUUGCUCCACUUGAAAGACUUAAGCUGGAAUAUAUAGUUCGUGGUGAGAAGAGGAAUAUCUUCGAGCUUAUUAAAUCCAUUGCUACUUCUCAAGGGUUGAGAGGUUUUUGGAAGGGGAACCUUCUUAAUGUUCUGCGAACAGCUCCGUUCAAAGCUGUUAAUUUUAGUGCAUACGAUACUUAUAGAAAGCAACUACUUAGAUUCUCUGGGAAUGAGGAAACUACCAAUUUUGAGAGGUUUAUUGCUGGUGCUGCUGCUGGGGUCACUGCUACUAUUAUUUGCCUGCCACUCGACACUAUUAGGACCAAGAUUGUGGCACAUGGCGGAGAAGCUUUCGGGGGUGUAAUUGGUGCUUUUCAAUACAUGAUUCAAACUGAAGGCUUCUUUUCUUUAUACAAGGGUUUAGUGCCAUCACUAUUAAGCAUGGCUCCGUCUAGUGCAGUCUUUUAUGGUGUAUACGAUAUGCUAAAAUCAGCUUAUCUGCAUUCACCUGAAGGAAUGCAAAGAAUCCAGAAUAUGCAUAAACAGGGGCAGGAUCAUGAACUGAGUGCUUUUGAUCAGCUUGAGUUGGGGCCAGUAAGAACGUUGUUGUAUGGGGCUGUUGCUGGUGCAUGUGCAGAAGCUGCUACAUACCCAUUUGAAGUGGUGAGGAGGCGACUUCAAUUGCAAGUCCAGUCUACUAAAUUAAGUUCUUUAGCGACUUUUGUCAAAAUAGUGGAACAAGGAGGCAUUUCAGCCCUUUAUGCAGGACUUAUUCCCAGCUUAUUACAGGUACUUCCUUCAGCAUCAAUUAGUUACUUUGUGUAUGAGUUUAUGAAGAUUGUUCUCAAAGUAGAGAAGUAGAGUAGGCAAUGAAUAGAUCUUCAGUUUUAUACAGAUAAGAAGCAGCAACAUGAUUUAUAAGCAAGCAUCUGAUUUUGUUGUGGAAUGGUAAUUUUCAACUUCAAUUGGCUAUAUUUGAUGUUUCCCUUUGAGGGUGAAAACAUAAUUGGGGUCUACCAUUCCAAACUACUGUGAACGUCAUCACGGUAUGGACGUCACAUGUAAUACCUGAAGAAAGAUUUUGGACCAGCUUUACAGUCAAUAUAUCCAGGCUUCAUGUCUGCAAAAAAAUAUAGUAGCAAAUGCCGGAUCUUGAUUCUUAUGCUUAUUUCGUCUACACAUUUUGUUUACUUUUUGUCCAAGCAAGUCCCUUUGCUUUUUAGGUUGUAACUCUUAAAGUAGCUUAUCAAUUAUUGGGAAUUUCUUGCACCUAACUGGAUAUUCUACUUGUUCUACUUGUGAAUGCAAGUGAUUUUGUGGUUUCAUGGAGUGAAAAGGUUUAGUCAGAUAAGUAAGUAGAGAUCUCAUUGUACUGUUCUGUGUUGUGCUAUUGAAAACUUAUUCGCAUCGCAUGGUUGACUCCGAAUACAUGCCACAGUAUGUCACAAUCAAGGAAGUUCUAAAGAGCUGAUGUAGAGUUUUGGUUUUUUCAAUAAUAAAGAUUUUAUUGAUAA